AACCCUCCAAAGUUAAAGACGUUUUUUUUUUCCUUUGCUUUGCUUGUGAAGUUGGCCUUGGUUUCUCUUAUAAUCAAUCUCAUCUAUAUUUUUUCUAAGCCUACAAGAACACGAACGAUAAAAUAUAACUGAAAACCAUAAAAAAAAAAAAAAAAAAAAAAAAAAAGAAAAACCUUUUCUUUUUUUGUUUAUUUUUUUAAAAAAAAAGAUUGUUUUUUUUUUUUUAAUUAAUUUUCGUUUUUGUGGUUAAAGUCUUCUCAUUUCUUUGCUUUCUUGUUGGGGAUCGGAUCUGAAACUCACCCAAGUGGAACCAAAAGACUCAUUUACGUUCUUUCUUCCAAAGUCACUCCACUUUUUUUUUUCCUCUGUCAAACUUUCUGAGUUCUUUUAUUUGUACCCAUAUCGUCAGCCAUGAAAGUUUGCUGCUUUUUCUUCUUCUGCCACUAGAAGGUAGGCAUUAAAGUGGGAGAUUAUGUAAAAACCAUGGUUUUGGCCAUAUUGUUAGAAUCAACAUCUGUAUCUUUACAAUCAAUCACUUUGCCUAGUUGAAAUUUGGUGUCAAGGUGGUGGUGCCUUCGCCUGAAAACUGUUCCAUGGAUUCAGUUCUUGUUGAUGGGGUUCAUUCAUUAUCACUAGGCAACAAUCUGCCUACCACAAGUGGUACUCAUCAUCAUCAUCCUUCUCGGAUUCCAUCACCGAGCUUAUCAAGUGAUGGUGGAGCUUCAUCAAUAUAUUAUUCACCAGCUCAAAGCUAUGGCAAAAAACCGAUGUACUAUCCUAAUGGUUCUGUGGUUAUUCAAAGUGAUUCAUAUAAAGCAAUGCAGGACAAUUUGAAGCAUCAAGAGACACCCGUUAUGGUAAAACACGGGGCUGCUGCGAAUAAGGGGAUUGAUAAAUCAGCAGGACCUUCUACUCAGAAGAAUGUUUCUAAGGUGGAAGACAAAUGCUGCACUAAGCAUCUAACUGGUGAAGAAAAUUGUGAUUCAAGCUGUUUGGUGGAAUCAGAAACUUUUGGUUUGAUUCCAUGUAAAGAAAGUGUUGGGCAAAUGAACUGCCAAUCAACACCCCAACCAACUGUUACUUCUUAUGCAAGUCCCCAAAGUAGCUUGUACUCAGCCACUGUGUAUUCAGAAGCCAAAGAAAGUUUCACCAAUACUGAAGCCAGUGAAUGUACAAGCAGUAUUGAGAAAAUUGGUGAGGGCUGUGAAAUGAAGAAUUCCUGUGAAUUUAAUGAAAGCAGGAAGACCAGCAUCUGUAGAGGCAGCACAGGGAGUGAUGUUAGUGAUGAGAGCAGCACUAGUAGUUUGAGCACCUCUAUGUUCAAACCCCAUAUGGCAAAUGAUACAAGAUGGGAUGCAAUUCAAGCUAUUCGAUCUCGUCAUGGGAUGUUGGGUUUGAAUCAUUUCAAGUUGCAUAGGAAACUUGGUUGCGGAGAUAUUGGCAGUGUUUAUUUAUCUGAGCUGAGUGGUACUAGAACGUUUUUCGCAAUGAAAGUUAUGGAUAAAACUGAUCUGGGAAGCCGGAAAAAGCUUCCAAGGGCUCAAACAGAAAGAGAGAUAUUGCAAUCUUUGGAUCAUCCAUUCCUCCCCACACUGUAUACGCAUUUCGAGACAGAAAAAUUCUCUUGCUUGGUGAUGGAGUUCUGCCCUGGUGGAGAUCUACAUAAUCUCAGGCAAAGGCAACCUGGGAAAUUCUUUUCUGAGCAUGCUGCCAGGUUUUAUGUUGCAGAAGUUCUUCUUGCCUUAGAGUAUUUGCAUAUGCUUGGAAUCAUUUACAGAGACCUUAAACCCGAAAAUGUUUUAGUCAGAGAAGAUGGACAUAUUAUGCUUUCAGAUUUUGACCUCUCUUUAAGGUGUGCUGUAUCCCCUACUCUUGUAAAAUCUUCAAACUCGACCAUGGAGUCAAAGAGCUCGGGUUAUUGUGCUCAGCCUUCAUGUAUCGAGCCAACUUGUGUUAUGCAGCCUGAUUGCAUCCAACCCGCGUGUUUUGCUCCACGCUUCUUAUCACGUAAGCCCAAGAAAGAUAAGAAGACCAAACCAAAAACCGAAGUACAUCACCAAGUGAGCCCUCUCCCUGAGCUCAUCGCUGAACCAACAAGUGCUCGAUCCAUGUCCUUUGUUGGGACACACGAGUACUUAGCACCAGAGAUCAUCAAAGGCGAAGGCCAUGGCAGUGCUGUAGAUUGGUGGACAUUUGGUAUCUUUCUCUACGAGCUUUUGUUCGGGAAAACUCCAUUUAAAGGAGCAGGGAACAGGGCUACAUUGUUCAAUGUUGUUGGCCAGCCCUUGAGAUUUCCAGAGUCACCGAGUGUGAGCUUUGCUGCAAGGGACUUGAUCAGAGGUUUACUAGUGAAAGAGCCACAGCAUCGCCUCGCUUAUAGGCGUGGUGCAACAGAAAUCAAGCAACAUCCUUUCUUUCAGAGUGUGAAUUGGGCACUGAUCCGCUGUACAAGUCCACCCGAUGUCCCGAAACCAUACACGAUGGAUGUUCCUAGAAAUGAGGUCCCCAAAAUUCCCACAAAUGGGAAAGAUCCGGGUGUUGAUGUAAAGCCUUCUGGUAAUUAUUUUGAGAUUGAUUUCUUUUGAUUCUUAUCAUUGAUUUUCUUGUUUUCAUUUAGUGCUUCAAUGGUUCUUCCAUUGCAAAUGGAUAAAAAUCCGUAUUCCCUUUUCUUCAUUUGAUAAAAUAUGUAAACUUGCUCCUUCAGACUGAGCUCCAUAGCAGCACUGCGGGAAUGCAAAUGCAUCUAAAUGAGAAAUUAAUUUGUUUUA